UGCUCUGUUUAGUCAAACAAAGUUAUCAAAAUAUGAUAAAGUCAGAGUUUAUCCCAUAUUAAUUAAAGCACAAAAAAGUUAACAUUUUAAAUUUAACAUUAUCAAAGACCUGUGGAAGCCGAAUAAAAACACAAAUAUCGUUAUGCAUCAUAAUGUUAAUACAAGUGAAUUUCAUAUAAUUUUUCAGAUUCACAAGAAGCUGAACCUAUCCCCUGGCAAAUAUACUUUGAAGAGAAGACAGUUCAUGGACAUAGAGAGUUCCACCAGAAAAGAAAAAUCAAAGAGUAAAGAAAGUAAGAGAAGGCGUUUACAGCUCAAACAACUUCGUUCUGGUCAAUACCAGGAAAUAAGAGAAGGCAAAUCUUAUGAAACUGAGAUAGAUCUUGCACCAGAUGAAGCAGAUAUAGAGUGUAUUCCAUAUCCAAUCAUAGAACCACAGUCUUGACAGUGUGGACUAUCAGGGGAGAUCUGAUCUUUUUUGACCUUGA